AUGUAUUGUAUAAUAGUGACUUUAAUAGCUCUUGCUUACGUCUUCUGGGAUGUCAACUACUUUUUAAGGAUUGCUUUUACAAUUGGACUUGGCAGACUGUUCCAAAAGAAAUGCGGUGUUAAUGAUACGACCACAAUUUACGGCUUCUGCACUACACAAGAUGUAGAUAUCUUCCUGAAACAUAUGAACAACGCUCGCUAUGUACGAGAGUUGGACUUUGCGAGAUUCCAUUUCUACGACCGCACCGGUAUUUACGAAAACAUCAAGGCUGUCGAUGGUCACGCACUGCAAGGCGCGUCUAGCAUCCGUUACAGGAGAACCAUCCCUAUUUUCAGUGCUUAUAAGGUCGAAACUAAGCUGGCUUACUGGGAAGACAAAACGCUGUUCAUUGAACAAAAGUUCAUCACGUUGAACGAUGGCUUCGUGCGAGCUGUAGUCCUGUCGCGACAGAACCUCAUCAAUGUAGACACUGAGACACUGUUCCGAGGCAUCCCUGGAGCUGAUCAGAAACCUGAAUGUCCUGAGGAAAUCAAACAUUGGCUCCAAGCCAUCGAAAUCUCUAGCGCUAGACUCAGAAAGAAGGAUUAA